AUGAAAGUCACACUGCACCUCAAGAACGAAAUCACGAUGACCCCUCUGGCCCUAAACACCGGGUGGAAGGUGUUGACGAUAACGAAAACCAACGAGUUUGUCGGCGACGCAGUGGGGUCCGGAGCGAGCGCCUACGUCUCGGUCGAGAUGCCCGAGGGAUGGCAGCGGUUCGAGGGCCAGAUCUACUUCACCGGCACGUUGUUUGGCAAGGCUGGCGGAUUCGUCAUUGCCUCGUACCGCGGUCGCAUGGCCGACAAAGUCACCGCAGAGUGGGAGAUCGUGCCGGGAUCUGGCACGAACGAACUCGCUGGUAUUCGCGGGAACGGGCCAUACCUCGCCUUCCCGCCCUAUGCCGAGGGCAAGUGCGAGAUGGACGUCGAGUUUGAGUAG